CCGGCAACAUUUGACGUGAAGGACUUGACAGUCCAUUGUGUAAAUCAAAAUUUUUGUUUUAUAUAAAAACACGUGUGUCUGAGCGUUUUUUUCCAAAAAUCGGAAAUUAAAAUGGAAGAAAAUGUAGCCUUAGACUCAGAAAAACAAAAAAAGUUUGUAAAAUCUAUCAGAGGUAUUAAAAAACUGAUCAAAAAAAAUGAAGGAAAAGCUGAGCGUGGAAAGGCCUUUAUUUAUCAUAUUCCACAUGGAUUUUACGAGCAUCAAAUGACAGAGUACUUCAAGCAGUUUGGUGUAGUAACCAACGCCAGAGUGAUUAGGUCCAAACGGACGGGAAACUCUAAAGGUUAUGCCUUUGUGGAAUUUAAAGAGCCAGCAGUGGGUCAAAUUGUUGCUGAAACUAUGAACAAUUAUCUCAUGGGCAAAAGAUUAAUCAAAGCUGAGUACAUACCUCCUGAAAAACAAAGACGCGCAUUCAGAAAGCACUGGAAUAGUGUUAACAAUCCAACAAGUCAGUUAAGGUUGACAUCAAAGAAGGAAUUUAAUACAGAUAAAGAUGAUGCUGGAGAACUUAAAAGGGCUAGCAAAAUCUUGUCUAACUUAAAUAAGACUAAGGAGAAACUUAGUAAAGUGGGAAUAAAUUAUGAUUUCUUUGCACCAGUAGAUGUGCCACAAGCACUGAUAGAUGAUAUGGUAAAGCCAGAAAACCAAAAUAACGAUGGUAAUCAAGAGAUCCAGCCCAAACAAGCUAGAUUUGGUUUCCCAGACAGAAACAAAAAAGAAGUAAAGAAGAAUGAUGAAAUUAAGAAAAAACCGGAACCUAAACCUAAAAAGAAGAAAGAUGUUGAUUACAAAACCCAAAAAGAAAAGGAAGAAAGGUUGAAGAGAGCUGGUGUGCUACCACCAAAAUUUAUAAGAGUAUCAUGUGAUUCUUGUGAGGAUAGUGACGGUUCAAUGGAAUAUGAUAAACUACUAGAUAAAAGUCAUGGCGGCUCAUCAUAUGCGAGUGAAGAAGAAGACGAGUCAGGAAAUGAUGAUGCUGCAAGUGAUGAGGCUACAAGUCCAUCAGAUAGUGAUGAUGAUGAUGACGACGAGGAUGACGAUGAUGAAGUACCCCCAAAAAAGAGACCUAGAGGAAGGCCACCAGGAAAAAAAGUAGCUCAAAGAGGUCGACCAAAAAAGAAGGAUACAAGGAAGCAUGUUGAAGUUAAACGUAAAAUGCCUCGGAAUAUGUCACCCAAGAAAGCUAAAUAUGAGAAACAUGGCCAAAAGCCGAUGAAGAAAGCUUAUAGAAAGAAACAUUAAUGGUAUUCAUGAAUAAAGAAACUUUCCAGAAACGUUGUUUUUUACCCAUAGAUGUAUCCUUAGUACCUAUUAUGAAAUUAAAUGCGAAAUUGAA